UCUUUCAGGAAGUUCAUGAUUUGUUAAAGGACUAUGACUUAAAGUAUUGUUAUGUGGACAGAAAUAAACGAACAGCUUUUGUUACCUUACUGAAUGGGGAACAAGCCCAGAAUGCAAUUCAGAUGUUCCAUCAGCAUUCCUUUCGAGGAAAAGACUUAGUAGUCCAGUUCCAACCAACAGAUGCUUUGUUGUGUGUGACCAACCUGCCUGUUUGUUUUACAUUGGAAGAGUUUGAAGAACUCGUUCGUGCUUAUGGAAAUAUCGAGAGGUGUUUUCUGGUCUACAGCGAAGUGACUGGCCAUUCCAAAGGCUAUGGAUUUGUGGAAUACAUGAAAAAGGACUUUGCGGCAAAGGCUAGACUGGAGCUGUUGGGUAAACAGUUGGGAGCAUCAGCACUCUUUGCACAAUGGAUGGAUGUUAACCUAUUGGCUUCAGAGCUCAUUCAUUCUAAGUGCCUUUGUAUCGAUAAACUCCCUAGUGACUACAGAGAUUCAGAAGAGCUGUUGCAAUUUUUUUCCAGUGUCCAUAAACCUGUGUUUUGCCAGCUUGCACAGGAUGAAGGCAGCCAUGUUGGUGGCUUUGCAGUGGUUGAAUAUAGCACUGCAGAGCAUGCUGAAGAGGUUCAGCAAGCAGCAGACGGUCUGACCAUCAGGGGAGGCAAAGUCCAGGUUUCCUUCUGUGCCCCGGGUGCGCCAGGGCGAAGUACGUUAGCAGCGCUGAUUGCGGCUCAGCAUGUGAUGCACAGUAAUCAAAAGGGCUUACUUCCAGAACCAAAUCCAGUACAAAUUAUGAAAAGUUUAAACAACCCUGCCAUGUUACAAGUUCUUCUACAACCCCAGCUAUGUGGACGAGCUGUGAAACCAGCUGUUCUUGGAACACCUCCCAGCUUGCCACAUCUGAUGAACCCGUCCAUCUCCCCCGCAUUUUUACAUCUGAAUAAAGCACAUCAGAAUCUUUCUCAUGUACCACUGGCACAGCAGCAGUUAAUGAAGUUUGAGAAUAUUCAUACUAAUAACAAACCUGGCUUACUUGGAGAACCCCCCGCUGUGGUGCUUCAGACGGCGCUAGGGCUAGGGUCGGCGCUUCCGCUGAAAAAGGAGUUGGGACAUCAUGGCGAAGCUCACAAAGCCUCUAGUCUGAUUCCAACUCAAACAACAAUAACAGCUGGAAUGGGCAUGUUACCAUUCUUUCCAAAUCAGCACAUUGCUGGACAAGCUGGGCCUGGGCACGGUAACACUCAGGAGAAACAGCCAGCCACCAUGGGAUUGGCAGAAGGAAACUUCUCAGGGUCGCAGCCUUAUCUUCAGAGCUUUCCAAACCUCGCUGCUGGAGGCUUGCUGGCAGGACACCAUAAGCAGCAGCAAAGUCAGCCAAAAGGCACAGAGAUGAGUUCAGGGGCUGCCUCUAAGAAUCAGACUUCACUCUUGGGAGAACCACCAAAAGAAAUUCGGCUCAGUAAAAAUCCAUACUUGAAUUUGGCAAGCGUGCUGCCCAGUGUGUGCUUAUCAUCACCUGCAAGUAAAACCUCCCUUCAUAAGACUGGAAUUGCAAGCAGCAUUCUGGAUGCAAUCUCUCAGGGAAAUGAAUCACAACACGCACUGGAAAAGUGCGUCACGUAUGUUCCACCUUUUGCUGAUUAUGCCCAGGUGUCCUCUUUAAGAAAUGAAAAGCGAGGCUCGUCCUAUCUCAUCUCUGCCCCAGAAGGUAGUUCCAUGGAGUUUGUUGACCAGCAUUCUCAGGGCACGGGAGCCUACUACAUGGAGACCUACUUAAAAAAGAAGCGCGUGUACUGAGGGGAGCUCUCCUCCACCCUCCCGGGCUCUCUGCAGCAUCUCUGCUGUUCAUCGCUGCCUUAACUUCAUUCAGACUAGCCAUAUCCUUUCGAUACGGGUCUUUGACUUCCCAGAUGGAGCUGCGCUGUGCAGCUGGCAGAAUUGCCAAA